CGGUGUCCAGUGACGUCAGGGGGUGGAAGAAAACAGCAGAGCAGGAAUCAAAACAAGAAACGGACACGCCUUCGCUCUUAAAGGUUAUAGCAGCUUAUUCCUUAAAAGCGCUGCUGCGCGAGCUGCACAAAAUACAAGCUGUCGUCCACGAAGAGACCAAAAGCAGCAACACAGAGAGAAAUCACUGCAGAAACACCAAGAGUCCACUGCAGAAAUGGAGUCCACAGAAAUGUCAGACCGCGCUGGUAGCAGCCGCUGAUAGAGGUCGACAAUAACAGUGGCAACACGAGUGCUGUAAAAUGCCCAACCAGAAGAACAACAAGGGAAAGAAAAGCAGACGCACGAACAGUAGCGGAGAUGAGCAGGAAAAUGGAGCCUGCGCGGCCGCAACAGGAGGCGCGGCCGGGGCCGCGGCCGCGGCCGCGGCGGCAGCGGCUGCGCCCAGGAGCGAGCGCUCGAGCGAGGUCCAGUGCGCCACCCCUCUCAGCUGCAGCCUGAGCCGGGCCAUCGACCUGGAGAAGGACGACUACCAGCGCGUCCUGUGCAACAACGAGCUCUGCCCUCACGGCAACUGGAUGCAUCUGCAGUGCUUCUACGAGUGGGAGAGCUCCAUCCUCAUGCAGUUCAACUGCAUCGGCCGCGCGCGCUCCUGGAACGAGAAGCAGUGCCGGCAGAACAUGUGGACCAAGAAGGGCUACGACCUGGCCUUCCGGUUCUGCUCCUGCCGCUGUGGCCAGGGCCACCUGAAGAAGGACACCGACUGGUACCAGGUGAAGCGCAUGCAGGACGAGCGCAAGAAGAAGCCGUCAGAGCGCAGCGCGGGGAGGCUGGGGGCGAGCGGGCCGGGCGCCGGGCCCCCGGACGGGUUCUACGACGACCCGAAGAGGAGCAAAGCGGCAGCGGGGGCGUGUGGGGGGGUGAAGGUGCCCCACAGAGCUUCCAGUCAGGACCUACCUCGCAGGCCGUCAGUGGAGCGGCACAGCUCUGCAGAGAGAGGGGCCACAGCAGGGGGGCCCUUCCCUCCGAAGUCCCCGUGCGACUCCCCCGGACAGUCUCCCCCCUCGGGCUUCUCCUUCUCCCCCACCUCCGGCCUCGGGCCGGGGGCCGGGGGGGCAGCGCUGCGGGGGUCCCGUCAGCUGGGGGAGUUCCUCAAAUCCGCCGUCCACAUGGACCCGCCGAGGAAGCACCUGCUGGUGGGGGGGGCUCUGGGCCGGGGAGCGGGGGGGGGGCCCCACCUGGACCCCGCCUCGGUUCUGCCGCUGCCGCUGUCCUUCGCGCUCCCGCUCCACCACCGGCUCAGCUCGGCCGGCCUGGACGCCCACCCCCACCCGGUGCAGUUCCUGCGGAGGCUGGACCUCUCGGAGCUCCUCACGCACAUCCCUCGACACAAGCUCAACACCUACCACGUGCGCAUGGAGGACGACGCCCAGGCCGGGCAGGGGGAGGAGCUGCGCAGGUUCAUCCUGUCGGCCCUCAGCGCCAGCCAGAGGAACGUGGUCAACUGCGCCCUGUGCCACCGCGCGCUGCCCGUGUUCGAGCAGUUCCCCCUGGUGGACGGGACCCUGUUCCUCAGCCCCUCGCGGCACGACGAGAUCGAGUACGACGUGCCCUGCCACCUGCAAGGCAGGCUCAUGCACCUGUACGCCAUCUGCGUCGACUGCCUCGAGGGCGUCCACAAGAUCGUCUGCAUCAAGUGCAAGUCGCGCUGGGACGGCAGCUGGCACCAGCUGGGCACCAUGUACACCUACGACAUCCUGGCCGCGUCGCCGUGUUGUCAGGCGCGGCUCAACUGUAAGCACUGCGGGAAGCCGGUGGUGGACGUCCGAGUGGGGAUGCAGUAUUUCUCAGAGUACAGCAACGUCCAGCAGUGCCCUCACUGCGGCAACCUGGACUAUCACUUUGUUAAACCCUUCUCCUCCUACAAAGUCCUUGAGGCUUAUUGACAAAUGUUGUUCAUGUGCGCUAGUUAAGCUGCUUUUGUUCUCAUGUUUUUCUAACACAAUCUAGGACAGAUUUUAUUUUUUGGGCCUUAAGGUGAUUUUACGUCUUUGCGUUCUCUCUGCGCCGGUCUGUUUUGUAUGUACAGGGAAAUGUGUGACUCUAGGUAAACAAUCCAGUGGUCCAGGACAGUAUCUCUGCGGUUACAGAACGGUGUUGAUGACGUGUGGACCUGAAGCACGUCUAUCUGUGACAAGUGAAUGUAUCUGUUUGCCAAAUUUGCUUUUAUUUUUUACCAAAAACAUAAAAAUGAACCUUGAAUAAAGCAGAGAAACACA